UCCUUGUUCUGCAUCUGUAGUAGUUCAGUAUUUCUGUUCAACGCAAAUAAGUUCAGAAGAAGAGAGAAGAGAAUAGAAGCUGUAAUUAGCUAGUUGUUGCGAUGGAUGCAAGAUCUGCCGUUUGUUUCCUCCUAGUUCUUGUUCUGCUCGGAACUCCUACUGCAUCUGCAGCGAUAUGCGAGCAUUUUAGCACCAAGGACCUGUUCUGCAUCAAGUACCUGUGCAGGGGUUUCUGCCACGACGAGGCCGUGAACCUGCGAGGGAAGCACGCGCGCGUCAUGCGUGCCUGGUGCCAUGGCCGCAGGUGCAACUGCAAUGUUUGCCACUGAAUAUUUGCCAUGAAUAUUCAGGUUGUCGAUCGAUCCAGUCGUCUGGCUUGUGUUCAAUUUAGUUCAGUUAUUUUCAACUUAUUCAGUCAACUUUCACUGGGGAAUUCGUUGUUAGGUUGUUAAUUAGUUCGGCGGCAUCAUAUAAGCCAGCCGUGUGGUCGUUUUUUAGGUUUGUAACGAAUAAUAGUUAAUAUUAAUAUAUCUAGUUUAUUUUGUUUCCUAUGGA